GCAAUUUAUCUGAUCGACACAGCACCACAAUGCAGAGGAUGAGCAACACUAACAUGGACCAAGAGCCAGCCGAACAUGAUGCUGUCAGUCCAACGUGGCCCAAGUUUCUCUUGGCUGUUUUGACAUUGUUGGGAGUCUUUAAGGGUCGUCCAUUAGACGCUUGUAGACCGUGUUAUGAUUGCCGCCACAAACGAGGAGAUGGUGAUAAAUCAAAGGUUGAUACAAGCUGCGAUGCAGAAUCCAGGAGUGACGAAAAUCGCGACAUGGAAAAUAACCAUGAGGCUGAUGGUAGUAGUCGACCGGACUGUGCUGUAUGCUCCAGUCUACUAUGGAACGCCGAUGGGAAAAUAGUCAGAGAUUGCUCAAAAGCAGUUCCAGGUUGGCUUAACAGCAGAGUGUGUGGUGUCCUUUCUAAUCUACUCGUUCUAAUACUCCUCGGUUGUUCCACGUUCACACUGGGCUGGUAUGUGGUUACUUAUUGGGGUCAAGUCAGGUACAUCAAUCGUUUGGUCUCUGUCUUUUCUUUUGUUUACAUCAUAUCCGGGGUGGCCUUAGUUUGUUUUUUGUCCAACGCGGUCCAGUACCGUCGCCGGGGACCAGUGCUAGAUUGGUCGUGGUACUAUGUGCUUCACCAGGACUACAUACUGAGGCGCUUGAGAUGCCUGGCCGGUCGCAGGUUCCCCUUACCCAAGAAGGUGCUUUUGAUCUUCAGUUUGGUCUGGCUACUUGUAAACUAUACCAUGCAGGUUGGCAAUCUUGUUUGUUAUUUGGGGCGAUCCAAUUCUUCAAGAAUUAUCAACGACUCUGUCAUGCCCUUUAGUAAUUCAUCAGUCCAUCUGAUGAUGUCUGCACCCACGGCGUUUACGAUUUUAAAAACGGCCAUUGGGAUCUCCGUCUCAAUCAUCAUUCUCGCCAUCUACACUUGUUUCUGGUAUAACAUACUUGUCAUGCGCACAGCUUUGACAGCCGAGUUAAAUCUGGUGAUAGUUUUCAUCAAACGCAAUACGGGGAACUUAGACUUGUGUCGUCGCCGUGUAUUUGAGAUCAACCAUGAUUUCCGUAUCCUGCACGGGUUGUUGGCGACUCUGAUGCCGUUCAUUGUCGCUUCUUCUGUUCUGGGUCUCACAAUCCACAUCACUUGGAACUACGAAAUAUACAGCUUCAAAGACAAAGGCAUCGCUAUGAGAAACCUCCCAAUCAACAUGUUCAUCCUCAGUUCGAAGUCUUUUGUGCUCAUCUUACCCUUACUAGCAGUGGGUGGGAUCAACAUCGACUUCAUCUGGCAGCAGUUUAAUUACGCCCUCAUGCGGCAGAGAAACAGUCUUCAUGAGGAGUUUUGGGAGCGGCUUUUGGGGUUUACUGCCGAGCUACAAGAUGAACGUAAAGCCGGUCAUAACUUGAUGUUGUUUCUCUCACUGAUCAGUUUAUAUCUUGGUCGCAAUCUGCCAGAGCAGCGACUUGACUACACUCUUGAUCAUUGAAUGUAUGAAAAGCGGGUAGAGGUCUCUACAACCUGAACCUAUCUGACGUCAGACUUUGAGGCACGUUAGUAACACCAGAGUGGCCUCUAGCCUAGGUCAAUCCCCGUCUGUUAACACCUUUCAACUAACCCCACAAACCAACAUUACAUAGGGUGCGUUCGAUUAGCUUCCCUGGGUUUACACGGCGGUGCUCACUCAGCUGAGCCCCUGACAAGAGCUAAACGAACGAUCACUCACCGCUCUCGUAGUGAUAUCAUGCACCUUGGGCCAGCCUCAAAAGUGACCCACUCCACAAGCAGGACACUGGCUGACCCGGGUGAGCCCCUCGGAAUGAUGUCAGAGCUAUUCGAAUCAACAUUACAUACAAGUAAAUACUGUACCUCGCACCAAUCAAUACACAGAUGGAAGCUUACGUCACUGCAUGUUUAUCCAAUUGAAUCGUUGGUUCUGAAAAGCAAGACCUGUAUUUUUCAAUGCGGAUAAAGAUAGGGGACCAGUCUAAAGGCCCUGUCACACCACGGCGUAUCGCCUGAACGUAAGCCAACGUAUGCGAAAUAUCGAAAAUACGUUGGUGUACGUUGGUGUACGCUGAUAUAAGUUUGGGGUAAGUUGGGGAUACGUCGUUUACGUUAAGAGCACGCUGUUAAAAUGUUGAACACGUCGAGCCCGCGAAUUUUUUUUGAGCAUGUUAAAAAUGUCUCGGCGUACUGAACGUGUGCUUCAUACGUUCCCCGUAAGUUCAUGGUACGUUAGACAUAUGUCAUAAUCCAAAAAGUCAAGAUUAACACAAUGUCAGCAUAACAUCGAAAAUAAAUGUGCAUUAUACUAGCUCACAAAAUAACCGGAAAGAGUUCAUAUUUAAAAUUGUAAGCCUUGUAAAAUCUGCAGCAUUUGUUUUCUUAAUUUGUUUUAUUGUUACAAGUCGCCAGACACACAAGGCCUGAAGGCAAGG